AUGAUGUACUCGCCCGAGCUGUCCAUGGCGCUGGCCCACCGCCAGCGUCGCCGGGCCAGCACCAGCGCGUGCAAGCGCUCUCUGACCGAGGGCGCCGUCCACGGGGCCACGAGCGGGCCGAGCGGCAGCGGCCGCAGUCUCCUGGCCUCCACCUCGUCUCGACUGAGCUUCUCCGGCCGCAAGAGCGGCGGCUUCGACGCCAGCGGCAACGACCUGCUGGAGGACGCGCAGGUGCCCACGGCCGUCAAGUGCCUGGAGCUCGUGACGCUCGAGCUGUCCGUGACCAAGAAGCACGCGGACGUGCGGUACGUCAUGACGGUGCGGCACUGCGAGCUCAACGCGGCGUGGCGCCACGCGCGGUCGUUUGACGAGUACCGCAAGCUGCAGCAGCGACUGCUCAAGAAGCUGCAGCACGGCCACUUCUGCGACGCCGACUGCCCGUGGCUCUAUGGGUUUCUCAAGAGCUACUUCCCCAAGAAGUUCAUCUUCACCUUCUCCAACGACCGCGUCGUGGAGCAGCGCAAGCAGACGCUCGAGCGCUUCUUCGCGGCGCUCUACGGCUUUUUAUCGGACCGCAAGAACUUCUGCUGCUCGGUGGUCAUGACCACGUUCGCGGACGAGCUGGUCGAGUUCAUCUACGGCGACGCGCUGCAGCAGUACGGACUCGAGAACCCCGUCAAGUCGUCGGUGCUGGAGCCCGAGGACAGGAUGUUGCUGCUCAGGGGGAGCGCCGACUACAGCGCCAAGUGGGAAGAGCCGGCCACGCCCCAGAAGCUGCCGCUGAUGGAGAGAGAGUCGUUCAAGCAGCAACAACAGCAGCAGAUCAGCAGACAGUCGUCGCUCACCAACUCGCUCCGAGGAUCCCUCACGGACGACGAUGUCGUGAACGACCUCAACGCCGGCAACUGCGGGAUUUGCGGCUCCCCACUGUGUGGCGUCGCGUUCGGCAGCUCCUCGUCGUCAUCGGCUCUGACCGUGUCCAGUCUGGAAGACAGCAGCAGAUCUAUCGGCUCGAACGCUGUACCCCCGCUAUCUCGAAGCAGCAGCAAUAGCACGGGUAGCAACAGCGGCGUGUUCAAUCCUCCGUGGCUGGGCACGCUCAAGCCUCCCGGUAAUAACGGAGGCAGCGCCAACAGCUUCGGCGGCUCGCGACGCAGCAGCAGCAGUGCAAGCCGACGACGAGCGGCCACGUACUACCUGACGACGCUCAGCUGUGGCCAUCAAUUCCACGACGAGUGCAUCGUGCCGAAACUCAACGAGUCGCUCAAGUGUCCGACGUGUGGACGCAUCCAGACCAACGAUUAA